AUGACACUAUUCUCCAGUUUAUUAUUAUUUAUAUUUCUUCUGGGCCUAACGGUCUGUGUUGCUGGAGAGAGUGAAAAGGGUUUAGCCAUCACCCAUUCAGCAGAGUUAACCGCCACUAAGACUUACACCCUUACAAUUUCUCUUCCUCAUCCUCAUCCACCAGAACCCUCCUCUUCCAUGUCGAUGACAGCCACCACUACUCUUUCCAAGGAAGUAAUGCCUUCCCACACAGUUACUUUAUAUACACCCGAACACGGUGAUAGUUCUAAUGACAAUAUAACGAUUACACCUGAGAUAACCCCAACACCCCAACAUGACUGGGUUAACGUAUUUUUUGAGGUUACAAAUAAUUUAACUUCUGAUGCUCUGGAGAAGUCACUUAACGAGAUACUAUGGAAGGGUAUACAAGUAGCAAUGGAGGCAUAUGAGGAUGCUCCAAAACCAUGGAUUCGAAUCGCAUUUGAAUUAGAAAAAAGAGCACAAGAAGCUUUUAAUGCUUCUAACAAUGGACGUAUUCCUGGUGUAAAUAGCGCAGUAUAUAAAUUACCUGUAGUACCCCCAAAUAAUGACGACAGCAAUAAAACUACUGUUGUCAUUGUUGUAGUUGUCAUUGUUGUUGUGGUUGUAUUGAUUGCAGUAGGGGUUUUAGUAUUCCUCUAUUGUAGACAUAAGAAGUUGCAUAGUAAUCGCUUUGAUGAUGAUUUUGUUAUGAAUUGCGCAACAGCACCAGUAAAUCUAAAUGAAUUACUCCUUUCAAGUUUUGAUCACGAAUUGUCAACUAACGAUGAACGUAUAUAUGAACGACAGAAAAAUCUUAAAAAGGCAUAA